CGCGAAUCCUACGUCAGCUCCGUCGCGGUCGUGCCAGAUCGUGCCGUGGGAUACUCCAGACGUCGGUUUCAGCUUGAAACUCUUGAUCUCUGUCGAGAUGAUCUCGUAAGACUAUUGAGUCCCGGCUGCUCUGCGACGUCGGUGAUUUCUUUAGAGGGAUCGCAUGGGACUGUAUCCGGCGCCCAGGGGCUCCAGUCGGACCUGAUCUUCGCCACUCGGGCAUGCUAGUGACUUGCUACGCAUUGAGUCGUUCCCCGUUGGCAUCUUCGUCUGAAAGCUCAUCACAGAAACUGAUAUCACCCGUAAAUCCGUGGGCUCAGGCGAGGCGACAUCGGGAUUAACAAGCUGCCAGAUGCUUGCUUUCGCUUAGGUCCAGAGUUGCUGAAUUCGAGGUUCUCAAGUCGGUUGAGACGAUUCAGGAACAGAUCGGCGCGCACUUCCGCGAAUCCGAUGAUCUUUUGGUGCUCCGAUCUUUGUAUUGGGGUUGUAUUCAACAACUCAACUACCAUACAUCCCGCGCGCCCGUGUGUGCCGACACCUUCUCCCGUCGCAGCAGAAAUCAGGUUAGCCAUCUGCACCGUGCCGAGUGGGCCAGCCCGAUCUCGAGUCACGCCUUGGUCCAAUGACCGCAUACGACUUGGCUGGGUUACCACCGCGGCUGCUGCAAUCUCAGCAAUGCAGCAGAUCCGCCUGAUGAACUGUGAACACUAGAUCUGGAAACGGGAGUAGGUCCAGGAAUAUAAAUACGACCGCGCUGGAUUCCUGUUGGGUUGUGGAAUCAGCGCCCUCGCAUUCCCUCGCAGCCUCUUUCCUCACGAGAACACGAUGGGUCUUGUCUCUCUUGUCUUGCUCGCGCUUGCCUCGACUUCUGUCGCGUCACCGACGAACGUGACCAAGCGUUUGGGCCCGGGAAAGCGCGGUCUCGUCUGGCCGUGGUUCAACAGCCCUCUUGACCCAGCGCGGCUGAACGACUUCCAAGGGACAAUCAACCUCAUCUACGACUACGAGACAUAUGCACCGCCGUCGUCGAACGGCAACGGCGGGCUGAACUUCAUCGGGAUGCAGCGCUGCCUCGACUGCCAGUCGUCGCCCCUUUCUCAGCUGGCAGCGCGUCAGCAGCAGCUCGGAUUCGCUACGCUGUUUACGUUGAACGAGCCAGAUAUCAACAACAUCUCCCCUGGACAGGCCGCGGACUGGUAUGUCAACAACAUCAACCCGUUCAGAAUCCACAAGGCCCUGCCGGCCGUCACCUCCUCGACAUCCGCAGGCCAGGGACUCGACUGGCUGCAGCAGAUGGUCAAUGCGUGCGCCGGCCGAUGCUUCUACGACUACAUCAACCUCCACUGGUACGGCCAGAAUUUCGGGCAGUUCCAGAGCCACAUCACGCAGGCCCACAACCAGUUCCCCAACACCCGCAUCGUCGUGACCGAGUUCGCGCUUGCCAACCCGCCCGGCGGACAGGCUGACCAGUGCGUGCUUUCUUUUUUGCGACUUUUCACAGAUGCGGGGCUGACGGGGACGCAUUUUCGCAUCGCAGGAUCGCGUUCUUCAAGCAGGCGUUCCAUUUCCUGGACAAUGCGGCAUAUGUCGAGAUGUACUUCCCGUACAUCGCGACGUCGCCGGCGCUCCUGCAGCAGAACGACCCUGGCGCGGUGAACAACGUUGGCGUGGGAUCGACGCUGUACAACAACGACGGCUCCGUUAGCGCGGUCGGCCAGCUCAUGUUCCAGUUGUUCUAAGGAGGUUCCUGUCUGCUGAUCAUGGUGUCUGUGCGUACAUCGGACUGUCGAUGAUGAGCUUCAAGUCAGGGUGCAGUUUGGAUUCGAUAUUCUACUAAAUACUCAAUAAAAUCUCGUGGUUCGACUUGUCGGUUCAA